UCUCGUGACUAGUCCUACUAGGUACAACCUUCUCAUAAAUUUUCUCAACAACCUCAUUCUCUUCAAACAAAUCCCUAAUAUCCUCCUCCUUCUUGUCUAACUCAAACCCUGAUUUUCGGUCACUAAAAUUUUCUAAAUCCUCAAGGUCCUCUAAAUAGUAUUCACAUAUACCAUUUCAAAUCCAAACCCCGAUAACUACUACCACCACACAACAAUUCUUGCCAGCAUUGCUAUUGUUACUGUCAUAAUUGAUCGAAUCGAAUGAAUCAAAAUCAGAGGCUAAAAACGAGUCCUUACCGUGAGAGAUAAUCAGUGUCGUCGAAUUCCAAACGGUGAUGUCGAUCGAUGUCGUCAAUGGCUUGGCCAACGAACUCGAGCGACUCCUGCACCAACGUCGAGUACGCCAGAAGGUCCUUAACGACAUCAUGGAUAUUUUUGCAUCAUCCUGGUAGAGAGGAAAGGAAGGGCACCGCCGCGUGGUUUAUCUAUCCCCAUCCAUUUCCAAGAAGAAGAAAACCAGCGCAGAGGAGAUUGGAGAUAGCAUAAAGAUGCGAUCUCUGGUGUUCUCGCUCUCAGCCAACACCAACUUUCUGCGCCAAGCUCUUCCUCUUCUCGUUAAACCCUACAAAACCAUUCUCUCUCCCACUGCUCUCACCUCCACAUCUGGUUCACAAUCCCUCCUUUGCAAUACUCCACUUCUUGCACCCUUCAACCUAUUCCCCACCAGUCCUCUUCGCAACUUCACUUCACGCGCCACCCAUGUCAACGACGCUGGCUCCGUCGACUUGCCUCUUAUUCAGUCCAUGCAGAACAAGAUAAAGGAACAACUCAAUGCAGAAUCUGUCACCGUGAAGGAUGCUUAUGGCGAUGGUCGGCAUGUUAGUAUUGAUGUGGUAUCUACUGCCUUUGAGGGACAAUCAGCCGUUAAUAGGCAAAGGAUGGUCUAUAAAGCUAUAUGGGAGGAGCUUCAGAGUGUAGUCCAUGCAGUUGAUCAGAUGACUACUAGCACUCCUGCUGAAGCAGCCGCACGAACUGACAGAGGAUCAUGAGAGCAUACUUUGACUUCUUAUUUACGCUCUUUAUAGAUUUUUGCAUUGCUGUUUUCUAGGAAUGAAUUCCUAAUUUUAAACUACCAUUACAGUAUUUCACAUGCUACUGAACAUCAGGUUUUCAAUGCCACACAUCCUUGGAGUUUCUACGUUAAAUAAUUUGGCAGUCAAUUACUUGGCCAAUCUUACUAGGUGAGGUCUUUUACAUGGAUUAAAUUAAAUAAAAAUAAUGCAAUAAAACUCCAUGGACAAACCUAUUGACAUCUA